UUCCGGAGCCUCCAGGCGCCCAGGCACAGACGCUGCGCGGUCCGUCCCCCGCUGCACACCGCCAUGGGCCUGGAGCUCUACCUGGACCUGCUGUCCCAGCCCUGCCGCGCCGUCUACAUCUUCGCCAAGAAGAACGGCAUCCCCUUCGAGCUGCGCCCUGUGGAGCUGCUCAAAGGGCAGCACCUGACCGGGGCCCUCUUCCAGAAGAGCAGCAGCCUGAGGCGGCUGCCCACCCUCAAGGACGGCGACUUCGUCUUGACCGAAAGUGUGGCCAUUAUGAUUUACCUGAGCUUUAAGUACCAGACGGCGGAGCACUGGUACCCCCCUGACCUGCAGGCCCGUGCCCGCAUCCACGAGUACCUGGGCUGGCACGCUGACUGCAUCCGUGGCGUGUUUGGUGUGCCCCUGUGGACCAAGGUCCUGGCGCCACUCAUUGGGGUUCAAGUGCCUGAGGAGAAGGUGCAGCACAACAGGAUCGCCAUGGACCAGGCACUGCAGGUGCUGCAGGACAAGUUCCUGGGGGACAGGGCCUUCCUCACCGGCCAGCAGGUGGCAUUAGCUGACCUCCUGGUGCUGGAGGAACUGAUGCAGCCCGUGGCUAUUGGCUAUGACCUGUUUGAGGGACGGCCACAACUGACAGCAUGGCGUGAGCGAGUGGAGACUUUCCUGGGUACGGAUCUACUCCAGGAGGCCCACAGCUCUAUCUUGAACGUCAUGGAACGUGUGGCCAACAAAACAUUCCUGGAACCCCUGCCAGAAGCCUAUCCAUUUAUGCUGCUUCGUAUUUCCAAGAUCCCCUGAAGGGUCUUAGCAGGAGACCGAUAGUUGGGAGGCUCGGAGAUUAGCAAUAAAGAUUUGCUCUAUUGCUUACGUG